UUAGAAUAUUUUACAAUGAAGGAAAACUUGCUUUCUGAAAAUGCUCAGGUUAUUGGGUCUUUCUUUUAUGUUCCUUUUUUAGGAAAUUUUUUGGCUAUAGGGGAUAUGACACCUGUAAUAAACAUCUGGGACAUAGAUAUUGUAGACACACUUCAACCAGCUUGCUCUCUUGGGCAGAAAUCAAAAAAGAAAAAGUUGGCAUCCACAUCUACUGGUCACACUGAUGCUGUUUUAGACCUUAAUUGGAACCAUUUAAUCAGGCAUAUUCUGGCUAGUGGUUCUGCUGAUAAUAGAGUUGCAAUAUGGGAUUUGGCUGAAGGGACACCUGCUGUCAUGUUAGAGAGCCAUCAUGAUAAGGUACAGACGUUAAAAUGGCAUCCACAAGAAGCUCAAACAUUAUUAACAGGUUCCUGUGACAAGUGA